AUGACUCUAUUGUUCGUUGGUAGAGGCAAUGCUAAUGUUUGCUAUCUCCUUUCUGGUGAAGUGUACCGUAUCAGCUUAAGGCACCAGAAACUUUCCAGGAACAAUGCAUAUGUGCAGGACAACUUCCAGUUUAUCGAUUCCAAGAUCAGGUCACUUCCUAUGUUGGCCGAUGUGGUUGUUUCCAUGAGGUUAGAAGAGGUGUUUGUCGAUACAAAAUGGAUUAAUGUGUUGAAAGAUGAGAAUAUCUUAAUCGAUGAUAGUCAUAUGCAAUGCAUAGUCAUGCCUUUAUUGCAUGCCAAGGAUAGUACAUGUGAACAGUUGGACCAUUUCAAUCAAAUCUAUCGAUGCUCAUUGAAUGAUGCUAUUACUUGGGAAUUCAAGCCAAAGUGGUUGUAUCAAUCUAGUGAUUAUUGUAGGAAUUGUACACAUAACUCGCUGAAGGGAAGAGAUAUUGAGUACUGUUUUUUACAUGAUCCGGAGCUGAUUAUCGAAACGCUGUUUGCAGGACGCCAAGUGCCAGAAGAAUUUCUUGAUGACAUUCUGCAGUAUCUCCAAUCAAGUGACAGUAUUACACAGAGGCUCUAUGCUGCUCAGCGUUUUGUGAAAGAUGAUUUGUCAACGCUAAUGACGCUAAGAGAUGUGACCUGUUUCUUGACCUGGUCCCGCAAUACAAGGAGCGUCAAGGCUACGAUAAUAGAUGUUGAUCAAAAACCAGCAAACAAACUGCGGCAUUGGCAGAGUACUGAAUCCGCUCUUGCAUCUUUCCCAGGAAAGAAGAAGGCUCAUUUCAACCACCAAUGA